CGACUGGUCACACUGUGACUUCCAUUUUCCAACACUAUACCGUAAAUAUUUACACAUUUUAUCUUUGUUUCGUGAAAUUUAAAAGUUGUUUACCAAGGCGGUGUUCUUAAUUAAAAGUAACAGUCUAAAAAAGGAUAAUUAUUUAUAUCAAAGCGUGGGAAACCUAUAAUAGAGACAACCGAUAUCUAACAGAUCCUGAAACUGUGAAAAGGAUUCCGGCCGGAGAUGAGUAACUACAGGUAUCAAGGAGGCGGCAGUGGCGGAGUGGGUGUCGUGAUUGGAAGUCGGGGCUACAGCGGAAUAGAGCUGCAUGAGAUGCAUCCCCUCCAUAACUUCACAUACGUGAGCGUCUGCGUCAAGUACAUGAUCUUCCUGCUGAACUUCAUAUUCUGGCUGUUCGGCGGAUUGCUUCUCGGGAUCGGCGUGUACGCGUUCAAGGACAAGUGGGAGGAAGGCAACGGCUGGGUACGACUGGAAACCAUCUACGAUGUCAUCUUCAACAUCUCCCUGGUGAUGAUCAUCACCGGAAUCGUCAUCUUCGUGGUGAGCCUCUCCGGCUGCUUGGGGGCACUUAGGGAGAACACCUGACUAUUAAAGUUUUACUCGUUCUGUUUGCUGCUCUUCUUCCUCAUGGAAAUGGCCAUCGCCAUCGUCUGCUUCGUGUUUCCGCAGUACAUGAACACCUUCCUAGAGAAACAGUUUGCUGACAAGAUCAUCCACUCGUACCGCGAUGAUCCAGACUUGCAGAACUUCAUCGACUUUGCCCAGCAGGAGUUCAAGUGCUGUGGGCUGAGCAAUGCCGGCUACCAGGACUGGAGCAAGAAUGAGUAUUUCAACUGCUCGUCGCCGUCGGUGGAGAAGUGUGGUGUGCCCUACAGUUGCUGCAUCAAUGCCACCGACAUCUCGUCCGGCCUGGUGAACAUCAUGUGCGGAUAUGGUGUCCAGGAGGCACCCGUGCCGGAGGCAAGGAAACGCAUCUGGACCAGUGGCUGCAUCGAGAUUGUUCGCGUCUGGGCUGAAAGAAAUCUGUACUUGAUUGCCGCUGUCGCUCUGGGCAUCGCCCUCGUCCAGUUGCUGGUCAUCUACUUGGCCAAAACUCUGGAGGGUCAGAUUGAGCUCCAAAAGCUGCGGUGGUCGGCGUGAGAUCCGAGCCAGGCCGAGUUCUAUGGGCCAUACGAUCGAACCUGAUAGGUUUCCAGCGAGAAUCUCUAGAUGCUCACUUGCCAGAAGACUGUCUUGAUUUACUUCCACUUUUAUAAAGCUUUUCUUUGUUCUUUUUAAGAAAGUGAGCGCUCUUAACUGAUUUCUGAAACUAGUUUAACAGAUUCAAAGUGUUUUGUUAUUUUUUAAUUCCUAAUUAUGUUGAUAUUUUUGUUUUAAGAUUACGAAUAUUUUUACGCACAUAUGUAGGCUCAUACAUAAACAUGCUCAUCCAACUGCCAAACAAAUAUAUUUGGCUAGCUGCAAAUAUCUCAUAAA